UUAUUGUGAAAGUAUUAUUCCGAUGGAUCCUCCGUCCAAUGGAGACAUGUGAAUAGUUCACGCGAAAAACCAAGAGAAGGAGACGUUUACGAACUUCCUUCAUAAUUAUUUGCGCCUUCAAUUACCAAAACCACGCACCUUUCACUCUAACUUCCUCCAUCACUAUGGCCGAGUUUUCCACCAACGAUUCCACCAAUUUCAGUUAUCCUCGUUCAGAUUACGUUGAGAUUGUUGUCGUGCGUCACGGUGAAACAGCUUGGAAUGCUAUCAGUAGAAUCCAGUAAACAGGGACAGCUGGAUGUUGAAUUAAAUGAAACUGGAAGACAGCAGGCAGCUGCAGUGGGUGAUAGACUCUCUAAGGAAUCUAAGCUCUCUGUUAUAUAUUCUUCGGACCUUCAACGAGCUUCUGAAACAGCACAGAUAAUUGCAUCCAGAUGUGGAGGGGUGGAGGUUGUCAAGGAUGCUGACCUACGGGAAAGACACCUCGGGGAUCUUCAAGGCCUUGUUUAUCAUGAAAUGGCAAAAACUAAUCCCAAUGCUUAUAAGGCUUUUGUGUCUAAGAACGAAGAUAUGGAAAUACCAGGUGGUGGCGAAAGUCUUGUUCAACUUUUUGAUCGCUCCACAUCUGCAUUGCUUAGAAUUGGCAUGAAACAUAUAGGGGAGAGAGUAGUCGUUGUUACUCAUGGAGGAUUCAUCAGAUCACUUUACAAGCGCGCCUGCCCAAACGGAAGACCUGCAGGGAAGGUACUCAACACAUCCGUCAGUGUUUUUCACUUACAUGUUGAGGAUAAAUGGGUCUUAAAAAUGUGGGGUGAUGUUAGCCAUUUGAGCCAAACUGGAUUUCUACAGUCUGGUUUUGGGGGUGAUAGAACUUCUGGUUAGACCAUUGUUUCCCAUCCAAAAGUUAACCCAAGGUUUGGAUGAAGAAGAGCGGAAAAGGAUUUUAAGCAGUGAUUAUAAAUGUGAUUUUGGCCUCUGUAAUGGGAAAUAUUUAUUUUUUGCAUCUUAUCAUGCAAAUAUACUGUCAUUAAUUCACCAUGUAAUGAUGUGUGCAACAGUGCAAACUAUAUUAUUUUGUUGGGGCGGUGUAUCAAACUGUAUUACAAAUUUGUUGUAUUCUUAAUUUAUUCAACUGUUUGUUGUAUGUAUUGAUGAAUGAAAUGGUGCACGUAAAUAAAAAACAGUUGAUUA